AUGGACCCCUCCGAGGUCUCGGUCCGUGACGAUGGACAACCGACUGCGCCGUCUACGCCGCCUCUACGGCGGCGUUAUUCCAUGGAGGAGGAUCUGUAUUACAACCGCGUAAUGGUCGCUCCACCACGACGACUUUCCCAACCGCCGGCCUACGAGCCCAAUCCCAAUGACUCAGACGAGGGCGAGGAUCCAGGGCCAGGCCGGAGGAAAGGGAGCCAAGCGGUGUUCGACCAGUCAAACGAGGCCGAAGAAGGAAGCGAGUCACUUCCUAAUUACCAAAGUUCACUGUAUAUCGAAGGAGUCUUCUCCAAAAAGCAUGAGAUUGAAAACACCACAAAACGAGCUGAGGAUCGUCACUGGCACACCAACUUUGUCACCCUAAACGGAACUGCCCUAAAUGUGUAUACCGUUAAGAAGGACUGGGGAUGGGGUCGGAGCCGAGAUGGUCCUACUAUAUGCCCCGACAACCCUCCGUGGGUGAGAAAGUCAAAGCUUGAGAAGAGCUAUAGCCUCAUACACGCCGAUGCUGGCAUCGCAGCCGACUAUACAAAACGUCGAUAUGUUAUCCGUAUCAGGGCAGAGACUGACCAGUUUCUUCUGUCAUGUAUCGAGUUAGCCACGUUUGUAAAAUGGCUUGAAGCCCUAUUUGCGGCCAUCGACGUUGCCGCCCCUAUUGAUGACCGGGAUUUUCCCCGUGACAUGUCGAUUCCUCGCAUUCAACGGAUUCGAUGGUAUCAGGGCCAAUCACCGGCGCUCCCCGGUUAUGCGGUUUCUACCGAGCAAUCCAGAAACAAUGAGACAUCUGUGGAAGGCCCGGAAUUGUCCAACACGACGACACAAACGGAUUCCAAUGUUGGCUCACCGUCUUCAACCCGACCACCACCAACCCUGCAACCGCUGCAGGAAGCAUCUGCCAACCCACCCCCGAGAAUCGAACCUCUCAGCCGUCGCAUCAGUACCUCUUCUUAUCCCAACCCAUCAAUCGAUCCGCACACGGGAAAGUGGUUCCCUGAACAUCAGUGGUCGAGCGCCCACGAUCUGUUGUACGCUAAGCUAUGCUAUAGCAACUUGUUAUUCAGGAGUCCUCGAAAAUCCAACUACAUUAUCAGCAAGGGUAAACAGUGGUUUGUGGAUUGGGGAACCGGUAAAAUGGUCCGUGUAUUACCUCCGACAUAUGGCGAGAUCGAUUUUUUCGGACCCUGGCAGGUCAUUCAUACCGAAAACCCCAGGAUUUAA